AGGCGAAAAAGUAUCUGUCAAAUGCGCGGCGCCUUUAACCGGCGCGAUCAGUGCGGCGCGGCGAGCCAUGGCGACCGCAGCCUCCAACCACUACAGCCUGCUCGCCUCCGGCUCCCCCAUGGUGCACGCCGAGCCGCCCGGCGGCAUGCAGCCCGGCGGCGGCUACCGCGACGCCGGCGCCCUGGUGCAGGCGGACUACGCGCUGCAGAGCAACGGGCACCCGCUGAGCCACGCUCACCAGUGGAUCGCGGCGCUGUCCCACGGCGGCCCCGGCGGCGGAGGCGGCGGAGGUGGCGGCGGCGGGGGCGGCGGCGGAGGAGGCGGCGAGGCGCCCUGGUCGGCGGGCGCGCUGGGCCAGCCCGACAUCAAGCCGGCGGUGGUGCAGGCGGGCGGGCGCGGUGACGAUCUGCCGCCGCCGCCGCAGCACCCGCCGCCGGGGCGGGCGCCGCACCUGGUGCACCACGGCGGCGGCGGCGGGCACCACGCGGCGGCGGCGGCGGCAGCGGCGGCGGCGGCGGCGUGGCGGGCGGGCGGUGCGGCGCACCUGCCGCCCGGCAUGGCCGCGGCCAACGGCGCUCAAGCUGGGCUGCUCUACUCGCAGCCGCCCGGUUUCACCGUCAACGGCAUGCUGGGCGCCGGGCAGCCGGCGCUGCACCACCACGGCCUCCGCGACGCCCACGAAGAGCCGCCGCCGGGGCCGCCCGGGCCGCCGCAUCACGGCCCCGAGCACCCGCCGCCGCCCCACGGGCCCCACCCCGGGGCGGCCGGGCCGGCUCCCGCCUCCGCCGCCUCCGCCGCUCCCCCCGGGCCACCGCCGCACCACGAUCCGCACUCGGACGAGGACACGCCGACCUCGGACGACCUGGAGCAGUUCGCCAAGCAGUUCAAGCAGCGGCGCAUCAAACUGGGAUUUACCCAAGCGGACGUGGGGCUGGCGCUGGGCACCCUCUACGGCAACGUCUUCUCGCAGACCACCAUCUGCCGCUUCGAGGCCCUGCAGCUCAGCUUCAAGAACAUGUGCAAGCUGAAGCCUUUGUUGAACAAGUGGUUGGAGGAGGCGGACUCCUCCUCGGGCAGCCCCACCAGCAUAGACAAGAUCGCGGCGCAGGGCCGCAAGCGGAAAAAGCGCACCUCCAUCGAGGUGAGCGUCAAGGGCGCGCUGGAGAGCCACUUCCUCAAGUGCCCCAAGCCCUCCGCCCAGGAGAUCACCUCGCUUGCGGACAGCCUACAGCUGGAGAAGGAGGUGGUGAGAGUGUGGUUUUGUAACAGGAGACAGAAAGAGAAGCGCAUGACUCCCCCGGGAGGGACGCUGCCGGGCGCCGAGGACGUGUACGGGGCCAGCAGGGACACGCCGCCGCACCACGGGGUGCAGACCCCCGUGCAGUGAACUCGCGGCGGGGGCGCCCGGCCCCUCCUCCUCCUUCCCCCAACUUUUGAUUGUCCUCCUCGUUUUCCUUUUUUUUUUUCUUUUUUUUUUUCCUUUCUUUUUUGGUGGUUUAUUUUUUUGGUUGGUUUUGGUUGGUUUGGGUUUUCUUUUAGUUUCUCCUAUCUUAAAAAAAAAGACAAAAAAAUUUUUAAAAACCUACAAAACGCGGGGAAAAAAAAAGAAAACAAAAAAGCGAGCGGAGAGGGUGAGCACGAAUCACAGCAGACAGACAGACAGACAAAGCAUCCACGCCGGCCUGUCCCCCAGCCGGUAGCAGGUGCGGAGCUGUGUUUUGGCCUUUGCAGGCGAGUGCCGGUGCACCGGAGCGGAGUGAGUACCGCGCAGAGGCAGCGGCAGACACCGGCAGGGCAGCGGCGGGGCCGAGCGCUCCGCACAAAACUCCUUUGCUCACUGGAGAGGAAAAACAAAAAACACAAAACAGAAAAACAAAAUAACGGCGCUGCCCGGCCGAGGAGGGGGCGGGAGGGGAGGAAGGAGGAGAAGGGAGGGCUGUGCAGCCACCUUGGAUCCCCUCCGCAGCCCCCUCCCGCCACACAAAGGCAGAUUGCAUUGUGGAAUGUCGCUCGGUGUUGGCACAUGCUGCUGUGUUUAUUUUCUGUGGAUCUCCUGUAGGAAUAUAUGAAGGGGGGGAAAAAACGCAAAGAAAAGAAAAAAAAAAAAAGAAAGAAAAGGGGGGGGGAAGGAAAAAAAAAAGAUAAAAAAACAGAGGGAAAAAAAGCUUAAAAAAAAAAGAGAAAGGAAAAGCUACCCCUUUUGAUGUAGACAGUAUUUAACCGUACCAAUUUGCACUGCAAGAAAAUCGAAGUUUACAUAAACAAGUUAUUUUUAUUAUUUUUUUUUCCUUUCCGACCUUAAUUUUUGCAUUCUCCACGGUGAGCGUUAGUCCAGCUGUGAGCGGUCUACAACAUGUUCCUGUGUUUUAGCCUUUGCUUUAUGUGUACAUGUGAACUUUUGUUAUAAACCAGUCUUCUUAACGAUG